AUGAGGAAGAGGGUGAGCCGUCCCAAGCGCGAAGUCUCUACCAGCAAUUCGAACUCUGGGGAUGCUUCAGAGUCAUCUGAUGAAACAGACUCAUCGGCAGAAGAAUCCUCGGACGCUUCAUCAUCGUCCGAAGAGGAAAACGUCACUGCACCAAUUGCCAAGAGGCGCAGGCUUCAACAACGAACAUCUAGUACCCUAGUGAGGACUCGCAAGGCGACCAACCCGGCCAAAGCAACCAACCCAGCCAAGGUGACUUUCAAGCUUGUCUCCUACAGGUCGGGCGCUAUUCGCGCCUUUCCCCUAGACGAAUGCAAGUCCGGGAGAGAUCUUUUCGACAAGGCACGGACAUUUUUCCGACUAUUCGACAGAAAUGUCGACGUCAAGAUUCUUUCGUGCCAGGUAUCGUCUGAGCGGGCCCAACAUUUUCUUUUCGGCAGCGAGGGUGAAUUUGAGCUUCUCAUUAAACACGCCAAGGACAGCAAGAGCACAGAUGAUGGAACAGUUACCAUUGAACAUGAAUUUAGCGUCUGCUCGAUGCCUCCUCCACCCGGCUCACCUCCCCCUAUCCCUCCGCCCGUCCCCGUUGAGACUCACCCCAACCGAACAAGCAGCUUGAAGCCUCCUCCGGAGCACCGGGCGCUCCCAGACCCUACACGGCUCGCUCCAGAAGACGCCUAUUUCUCCUCUGCUCAUCUAAGAGGUCGGACUGCGAAUGCAAACUACGAUGACUCACUCCGAGCGCUGAAUGGCAACGCUGCUGCUUUGCGAUCGCAGCCCGCGUUUCCAGGCGCGGACGGUCGAAAAGAGCGCAAAGUGAGGGGGCCGAGCAGACGGAGAAGACGAAAAGGGGCAUGGAAGAAGUUACUCUGGGUGAAGCAGUCAUAUCCGGACAACUACACCGACACCGAAACCUUUCUUGACCAUCUCCAACGCAACCCGCGCGUGCGGCCAUACGACUUCUGGCCUCUAGUGGCUGACUCGACAGUGAUUGUUCAGCAUGUCUGCUCUGUGGCGAUUUUCGUGUGCUGUUUUGUUGGAAUCCUCCACCAGAGAGUGAGCCCUGUUUCAGUCGUUUGCUGGGGCAGUGUUGGAACGGCCAUGGGGUGGAUUCUCUGGGACUCUUGGGUUUGGAGAGAGCAUCAUGCCGAACAGGCUCAAAAUGCGGAGCGAAUCCUGGACGGGGACGAUGGUUCUAGUUCGAGCUCGGCAGCGAGCUCGGUCAAUCCGUCGUCGGGGGGUGCGUCGCGACUGGUUGGUCCGAAGGAUGGUCAGAACGAGGUUCACGGGCUGGGACUGACCAUGUCGAGCGGUGAACCUCACGAAUUGCUGCGGCGACGUAGCACAGGAUUCAGUGGUGAGGCUUUUGGCCCGUCUGAUCCUGGCUCACCUGGUCAUCAGGCCAAUGGUGGCCUCAGCAAUACGCAGCUAUACCAUGGCGCCCAGGAGACCGACCAGACUUUGUUACUCUCGUCGAGGAACCGCCAACGGCUCUCGACUGUGAAGUCGGCGUUCCUGAUCUACUUUUCGCUACUGGGGCUCAGCCCGAUCCUGAAAUCUCUUACCAAGUCUACCGCCGGCGACUCCAUUUGGGCGAUGAGUUGCUGGCUGUUGUUCAUGAACAUAUUCUCCUUUGACUAUGGAAGCGGGGAAGGCGCGGGCGCCACCAAAUUCCCGGCUUCGCUGUCCACUAAUGCGGCUGUGAUGGCAUCGACCGUCCUCGCGUCUCGUCUGCCGUCUACAACCCAUGUCUUCAGUCUCAUGUUGUUCUCGAUUGAAGUCUUUGGACUGUUCCCGAUCUUCCGCCGGCAACUACGACACACCUCCUGGACGGGGCAUGUCCUUCUGACGCUGGCGCUGGUCAUUGUUGCCGGGGGUGCUGUCGGAAUGACCAUGCACGGAGGGUGGACCGCCGCGGUGGUCGGGUCGUUCUUAGGAAGUAUUAUGACAGCUUUUGCCAUGGGGGGAUGUAGCUGGUGGCUCAUCAGUCUUCAGAAGUACAAGAACGUGGUGACAGGGCCAUGGGACCCAGCGCGGCCGAUUAUCCGGCGGCAGUGGGAUUAG